UAUACUGUAUUUGGUUCUGUGAAUCAAACUUGGAAUCUUUGAGUGCUAUUUUUCUGGUGUACUUUUCUCGAGGCGUAAAAUAUGACUGAGGAAUUUGGGAUUGAACCAAAGCCAGUAGAUGUAUUUACCCAUUCAUCAACUGGAUUUCCAGGAUCCAUCAUUUUGUACCUUUACAAGACUGAAGAAUGGCAUUCAACUUCUCGAAAAAUACACCAAAAUCAUGCCAACCACUUAACUUUGCCUAAGCUCUUCAAGUCGAAUGAACACUACAGCCGAAUUGCCAUACUUGGUGCUUGGUCGGAGGAGGAGGUUGCCAUUCUUCUGAAUACCUGGAGAGAAGUUUUGGAGACGGCCAGGCCCACUACUCGGCGCUUUGAUGUUGCCCAGAGGAUUCUGAGACGACUACGAAGUAAUAGAAACUUCCGCCGCGUAGAAAAGGAAGACAUCAAGAAGCAAAUAGGCAGGCUACGUACAGAGUACAAGGUCUACCAAGGAUUGUUAAAAAUAGGCAUAAAGACUGUUCGACCUCCUUGCGUCGACCAAAUGGAGGUAAUAUUCGACAAGAUCCCUUCGGCUCGAAAGCGACUAGAUUCUACUGAUGGCGGUAACCAUGACGGACUAUCCGAGGACUCGGAUCAUUCUAGACGUCUCUCAGUUUCUUAUGAUGGCGAAGACAAUGAGAAUAGACAACGUACAGUAUCAGAUUCGACUCGUCGUGAUGAGGCAACCACUCAGCGGCCUAGAGUUCGUUUCUUCCAAAGAAGGAUGAGUCUGCAAGGGCUGGUGCGAGUAGUGGUCGGACAACAGAGGACCUUGUUGGAUCGUUUAGAUAAAUUAUUGAAAUGCCUCGAGGACUCGAACUCCAGAGUGGUAACCCUGAUGGAGAACAUGGUUCUCAACAAGGCGGAGCCUUCAAUUGGAACCUUUUCUACAAAUGAAGAAAAGGCAGAUUCUGCUUAAAGAUGUUGUUGUUCACUUGUUACUGUUAUUUGAAUUAAUAAAAUAAAGUUGAAUUUUCUUUU